CUCGUUUGGUGGGGUCAGUCGGGUGUACGGCCCAGCGGGGACGACACCGUCCGCUGCGCUCGGCAAAUAUACUCGAACUGUGUAGAGUUGUAGACCCAGUGGCCAGCGCAGACGGAAAACGGAAGGGAGCUCCGAGGAAAGUACAGCACAGGUAGGCGCGGCUGGUCGCGAUGCCGCCGGCCGAGCAGCUGACCGAGGAGCCUCACCAGGUGAGCUUCACACGCCGCUCGGGCGUGCUGCUCACCUGGCGGCGCGGCCUGCUGCUGCUGCUCCUGCUGGCAGCCUGUCUGCUGGCCACCGGCCUGCUGGUGCACCACCUCGGCACGCCGGCCGACGGCGCGCCCUCCGAGGCACGCGCCGCGCCCGUCGUCUCCGAUGAGACCGCCGCCGCCGACCGGCCGGCGCCCGACAUCCGACUGCCUCGGCACCUGGUGCCGCUGGCCUACCAGCUGCGCACGCUGCCGCUCUUCGAGGAGGGCAACUUCAGCUUCAGCGGCGAGGUGACGGUCACGCUGCGGGCGGACGCCGCCGGCGACAACGUCACGCUGCACGUCAGCCAGCUGCUCGUCUCCGACGACUCCGUGGCGGUGACGGACGUGACCGAUGACAGGCAGGUCCCCGUUGUUCGGCUGGUGCAUGACGUCGAGCGCGAGUUUCUGGUGGUGGUGCUGGCGGAGCCGGUGGUGCCGGGCCACAACUACAGCGUCAACGUCAAGUUCUCCGGCACCCUCAACGACAAGCUGGCCGGCUUUUACCGCAGCAGCUACACCACAUCAGAGGGAGAAAAACGGUGGAUGGCGGUGACGCAGUUUUCUCCGAACGAUGCCAGGAAGGCGUUCCCCUGCCUGGACGAGCCGGCGCUGAAGGCGACGUUUGAGAUCACUCUGGGACGUCAUAAAAACAUGACGGCCAUCUCGAACAUGCCGCUCAGCACCACAGAACCAAACCCGGAGAGGGCCAACUUUGUGUGGGACACGUUCGAGAGGUCGCUGCCCAUGUCUACGUACGUGGUGGGUUUCAUCGUGACGGACAUGUCGCACCGAGUGGCGGACCCUGCGCUCAGCGACACCCACUUCAGAGUCUGGUCGCAGCCGGCAGCCAUCAACCACACCGAGUACGCUCGCAAAAUAGGACCGACCAUCCUUGAGUUCUUCGAGGACUUCUUCCAGAUCGACUUCCCUUUGCCCAAACUGGACAUGGCCGCCAUUCCCGACUUUCCGUUUGGUGGCAUGGAAAACUGGGGGCUCAUCACCUACAGGGAGACGUCGAUGCUGUACGACCCGGAGGUAUCGUCAGAAGCCAACAAGAAGCGCGUGGCAGACGUAGUCUCACAUGAACUGGCCCACCAGUGGUUCGGUGAUCUCGCCACCCCUAGCUGGUGGACAGAUCUCUGGCUCAAAGAGGGCUUCGCCAGCUACAUGGGAGUCAUGGGAACACAAGAGGUGGAGCCGACGUGGCGCGCCAUGGAUCAGAUGGUUACCAAUGAGUUACAGGGGGUGAUGACGGUAGAUGCGCUGCGCAGCUCGCACGCCAUCUCUAUCCCUGUCCAACACCCGGACGACAUCGGACAAAUCUUCGAUAAAAUAUCCUACGAUAAAGGUAACUCGAUCAUCAGGAUGUUGGAUCACAUGCUGACGAGAAAAACUCUGCGGGGCGCUCUCACCAACUAUCUCACCGCCAUGCAGUACCGUGCGGCGACCCAGGACGACCUGUGGCGCUUCCUGACGGAGCAGGCGCACCGGGACGGCACGCUACCCGAUGACGUCACUGUCAAACAGGUCAUGGACACGUGGACACUGCAGAUGGGCUUCCCGCUCGUGACCGUGGUCAGGAACUACGGCAAAAGGUCGGCGCAGAUGACGCAGAAUCGAUUCCUGUUCGGAGCAGCCGACAACUCCACCGAGUUCCUGUGGUGGGUCCCCCUGGUGUUCACCUCGAGGUCAGCAGCCAACUUCAACCGCACCCAGCCCACCCACUGGAUGAGGAGGCAGCGACAGGUCACCAUCGAAGAUGUGGCUGAUGACGAGGAAUGGUUCAUUUUAAACGUGCAAGAAAUGGGAUUUUACAAGGUUAAUUACGACCAGAGAAAUUGGGACAUGCUUAUAAAGCAGUUGAACGAAGAUCAUACCGCAAUUCAUCCAGUAAACCGAGCUCAGCUGGUGGAUGACGCGCUGGACCUGGCCCGGGCUGGCCAGCUGAGCUACAGCACGGCUCUCUCGCUGGUCAGCUAUCUGGAGCGGGAGCUUGACUUCCUGCCCUGGGACGCCGCCUUCAACAACCUGGGCUUCCUCAAUACCCAGCUGAGGCGGACGGCCGGCUACGGCGCGUUCCAGACAUUCGUGUUGAAGCUGAUCGGUCCUCUAUAUGACCGCAUCGGGUUCGAGGAGCGUCCCAGUGACUCACACAUCGACCACCUGACUCGGAACCACGUGGUCGUGUGGGCAUGUUCCAUGGGUCACCCGGACUGUAUCAGCAAGGCAGUCAGCAUGUUCAAACGCUGGAUGGAAGACCCCGACAACGCCAGCAUCAUACCGGUCAACAUCCGCAGUAGCGUGUUCUGCACGGCUCUGCACGACGGAGGUCUCACCGAAUGGGAGUUCGUCUGGAGACGCUUCAACGAGUCCAACGUUGAAUCUGAAAGGCAAAAGCUGCUCAAGGCGCUUGCCUGUACAAAUAAAAUAUGGCUAUUGAACAGGAUGCUGGGGUGGCUGACCGCGUCCGACUCGGGUCUGAGGGUGCACCACGGCCUGAUGGCCUUCAAGGCCGUGUCCAGCACCACUGUCGGCAGAUACGUCGCCUGGGACUUCAUGCGAAACAGCUUUACCGAUAUCGUCGAAAUCUACGGAGGUGCUUUAUUUGCUCUGCCGAAGUUCAUCGCUACUUUGAAAUCGGACUUCAACACUCCGCUGGACUUGAAGGAGCUGCAACUGUUCGCCAACGAAUACAAAGACAGUUUGGGUGAGGGCAAGCGAGAAAUGGAACAAGUUUUGGAGCACUCUACCUCAAGUGUGGCUUGGAUGGACAAAAACUAUGAACUUAUUGUUAACUGGUUAGAAGAUCACAACGUUUAACACUGAAAAUGCGCUUGUCGCUAUCAAUUUCAACGAUUAGAUGUAAAAUAACAUUUUGAGCUCCUCUGACACAUACGCAAAAUCGCAUGACUGCAUGUUUAAAAAAUACAUUUACCCUCGGGAAA